AUGCGAUCCGGACUAGAUAACAUCAAGGAGAUAAUCGGGACACUGGACAGGUCCGAGGUACCUGGUGUGCUGGCCGUGCACUUCCGGCAUCUGGUUGCGACGGUGCAGCGGUUCUGGGAAUUCAGCAUUCUCUACCAGCACUUCCCAUGGAAGUGGGAAUUGGUUCUGGAUUCAAGCCCAGAUGUGAGGGCCAGAACUUUGAAAGAGGCGGAAUCCGAAUGGAAAUUCCUUGUCGGCAUGGAGCAGCGGUUCGAGGAUGCAUCGGCAGCAUUUCCGCUCAAAGACGUCCCGCAUGUCCGUUGGCAUGUGUACCGUGAGAUUAUGACACUGUGCGAGGAGAAUAAGUUUUGUGCAACCAACGAAGUCAUAAGCCUCAUCUCCUCCUGGCAGGCGGAUCCUUGUUCCAGUCUAGGCUGUGAGGAUUCGUUCAGAGUCCUUCGGCAGGCUGAGCGAAAGCAUUCCGGUGGAGAGGUUUCGGCUGUGCAGCUACAGGCCUCGUCCAUCAAGGCCCUGGAGCAGCGGUACGGGGAUCAGUUUGAGCAUGUCACAGUGGAACCAAGCUGUGUGCACUCGGUUCCAUUGAAAACCGUGGUGAAGCCCGCCAUUUUCACUGCCAAGCGAGAUACUGCUUCGGAGACCGGUCUGGCAACGUUUGGCCAGAUGGUGAAAGAGACGAUCCCGAGUGCUCAUCAUUUCACGCGACGAUGCUUGAAUUUGUGGACGACUGUCAAAGACAGGAAUGGGGAUCUCUCCAACAGCUGGGUCCCUGAGUUGAUUCGCCCCGGCCAGGUGCUUUUGCUCCGGCAAGAACUUGUUCUUGUCAUCGAUGCCCCGUAUUUCCUUGUCCGAGUGUGGCCUCUGAAGAAGGAGACGAUUCACUUCAGUGGGGAAACCUUCGAAGGGGCCACGAUCUACACAGAUCGGCCGUGCAUGAAGGACGUGUACCCUGUCAAUGCUUAUGACUUGGAGCUGCUCCCCUUUGAGCCCUUCUUCCUUGAUGUUGGAGACAGGGGGAAGUUCGUGCUGAAGCUUCAGGAGCCCAGACCUUUGGUGAACUAUGCACUGGAGAACUACGCUUCCCGUUUAUCUGCCCAUUGCCUUCGCAGCUUGUGCACUGCUUCGGGAUGCCCCGUGGCUGGAAACAGCUCCAUGAAAAGCUCUGCCACGCGGCUGCUCGAUCACUUGAAGUACCCGAAGGAGCAAGCAGACCGCAUCCUGGAAACUUUCAAGCAAAGGGCCGGCAAGAAGAACGAUGGUGAUCUCGCCGAUGAGAGCGAGAGAAUGAUGGACGAUGCUUUUGGCGACGAUGACGGCGAGGUGGGAGUGGACACCAUGUGUGAAGCCAAGCUCCUCAACAAAUUGUUGCACAAGAUGGAGAUGACCGAGGCCAAGGCAGCAACGGAUGAACACAAGUCCCCUCAAGAGCCGCUGAAGCCUGCUGCUCCAUGGAGUGAUCAAGAUCGCGGGCUCCAGGACAAGGAGGAAGUCGGUGACGAGAAUGUGCCACCGGGAUGCCGUAUCGAUCUCAAGCGACCGCCCAAC